AUGUCGUUGGAACGUUUUAAUUUUAAUAUAUUUGACAACAAUACAGAAGACUGGGAUUACUAUAUACAAAGAUUUGAGAUCGAGUUACAACUUCAUGGGCUUGACGGAACAACAUCAGAUAGUAAUAAUAAGAGAAAACAAUUACUUCUCUCCCGAAUCGGUCCAACAUCAUUCAAGGUACUUGUGGAUUAUUUUCGACCGACUCCCGUGACAUCGAAAACUUACGAGGAACUUAUUAAAGUACUACAUGAAUAUUAUGGCAAGAAGACCUACGUUCUCUCCGAACGGUUAUCUUUUGCUACAAGAUAUAGAAACGAAAAUGAGACAAUUUCACAAUUUAUACUACAACUUCGUUCACUCGCUGGAUACUGUGAAUUCGGAAAUACACUAGAAGAACGAAUUCGAGAUCAACUAGUAAUCGGCAUUAAUAACAUUACAUGGCAACAGGAACUCAUCAAAGAACAUCCAACGAAUGAUUCGAAACUUGCUGAUAUUAUCGCUACACUGAACAAACUGGAACAAGCAGAAAUACAGAGUCAACGUUUAACAAACAACAAUUAUACUACUAUGGAAACUACUAAUGAAUCACCGCAAGCUGUAAACAAACUUAACAUCAACAACAAUAGAAAACCCGGAAAGAAAACAAACAUUCCCUCAAAAAAAUGUAUAUUUUGUGGAGGAAAAUACCACCAAAAUUUGAACGACUGUCCUGCAAAGGGGAAAAGAUGCAAUGCUUGCAAUAAAAUGAACCAUUUCUCGAGCGUUUGUAUAGGUAGUGGUCAUUUAAAAAUAAACAAGUAUAAUACAAGACAAGUUUCAAUAAAGAAACAUCGUACUGAUAGCGAAAAUGAAGAUUCUGAUGCUGAGAGCACACACACUCGUGCGGUUGGUUUUCGUAAUCCUGCCAGCAAAAUUAUGAUAUCGACGAAACUUAACAGUAUAGAAGUUGAUAUGUUAUAUGACCCUGGGGCAGUACACUCAGUUAUUGGCAAAUUGUUAUGGAAAGCAAUUGGUCGACCAACACUAAAAAAAUGUAAGAAUCUUGUUGCCUACACAGACGUCAAGAUCGAGACUCUGGGAAUCUGCGACAUAACCGUAAUGGCCUUUAAUAGUGUGAAGAUAUUGUCAGCCUAUGUAACAAAACAUAAUGACUUACCUUUAUUUGGAUUAAAUUGGUGUUUACAAUUCAACCUACCUAUGCCACCGGGGGCUCGGCUCUGUACAAUUAACUGUCAUACUGCCAAGAUCCAUAUUCCUAACAAUGUACGUCCUAAGGCUUUCAGACCACGACCAGUUCCAUUAGCCCUACAGGACCAAGUCAACGACGAAUUACAGCGUUUAGUAAGAGAGGGGGUUCUAGAACAUAUUGAUACAAUGGUAACGCCGAUUGAGUGGGCAUCACCUAUAGUCAUUGCAAUUAAAUCUAAUGGAAACGUACGUAUUUGUGCUGAUUUCAAAGUAACGAUCAACCAGCAUGUACAAGUUGAUGACUACCCCUUACCAAGGUUUGAGGAAAUUACAUCCAAAUUAGCUGGGGGUCAAUUGUUUACAAAAAUAGACCUUAAAGACGCCUACCUUCAAUUAUUGGUACACCCGGACUCCAGGAAGUACUUAACGAUCUCAACACACAAGGGUUACUUCCAGUAUAAAAGAUUACCCUUUGGUAUAUCUUUUGCACCAGCAGUUUUUCAAAGAACCAUGCAUCAAAUCCUAAGUGGGCUGGAUGGUGUUGUAUGUUACCUCGAUGACAUUUUGAUAACGGCGGAAAACCGACAUGAGCACAUAAAACGAGUCAGAACAGUCUUACAAAGGCUACAAGAAGCAGGUAUUAAAAGUCAGAUAACUAAAUGUUUCUGGUUACAGGAGAGUGUAACUUUCCUUGGUCAUAAGAUUGAUAAAAACGGUUUACACCCAACAUCGGAGCGAGUUGAAGCUAUCAAAAAAAUGCCAACUCCAAUGAACGUGGCCGAAUUACGAUCCUUUUUGGGUUCCAUUACAUACUAUGGUAGAUUUAUAGACAAUUUACAUGUUAGAUGUGCACCGUUGUAUCGUCAUUUGAAGAAGAACCAAAAAUGGGAUUGGACCAGCGAGGAUACCCAAAUAACAAACGAUCUGAAAAACAUUUUAACAUCGAACGAAACACUUGUCCACUAUGAUGAGAAACAGCCUAUCUACGUCAGUAGCGAUGCCUCUGAUAAAGGAAUUGGAGCAGUGUUAUUUCAUAAAAUUAAUAACAUCAUGCGUCCAGUCGCAUUCGCCUCCAGAACUCUUUCCGAAACAGAACGUCGAUACUCAACAAUCGACAAAGAGGCAUUAGGGAUUGUUUAUUCAGUAACAAAGUUCCAUCAAUACCUUUAUGGACGAAAAUUUACUUUGCUAACAGAUCAUAAGCCUCUUGAACGUAUUUUUAGUCAAGAAAGAGAAACACCCAAAGUCGCAAGCAACCGAUUACUUAGAUGGGCCAUGAUCUUAAACAGUUACGAGUACACCAUAAAUUACCACACGGCUAAGGAGAAUACUCCAGCAGAUGCACUUUCAAGAUUACCGCUGCCAAACUCUGAUUUAACUAUAGAAGAACGAACAGGGUUACCCCAAUUUGCCCAUCUCUUACAUCUUAGACUGAGUAAUAUACCCGUAACAAAACAAAAACUUAGAAAAGAGACACUUAACGAUAUAAACCUUAACAAAAUCAAAAACUUCAUAACAAAUUAUUGGCCGGAAAAAAAAGAACUACCGAUAGAAAUGCAUACUUACUUCGAGAAACGAGAACAAUUGUCAUUUGAAGAUGGAAUUAUCCUGUGGAACGGAAGACUAUGUAUACCAAAAAAAUUACAAUCAGCCAUACUAGAAAUGUUACAUGACGGACAUAAUGGGGUAAAUGCUAUGCAGUCACUGGCAAGAUUGCAUGUGUACUGGUCAAACAUAGACAAAGAUAUUCAAAAUUUUUCGAAACAUUGCAAAUUAUGCCAAUCUUCAAAAACCAACACUAACUCUGCACCGGUGUACCCUUGGGGAGUGCCGCCGGAACCAUGGCAUAGAUUACAUAUAGAUUUUGCGGGACCAUUUCUCGGGUACAUGUGGCUUAUAGCAAUAGAUGCUUAUACAAAAUGGCUGGAAGUUAUACCAAUGAAAUCAACAACAUCAGGAGCAACAAUAAGUCGUCUAGACAACAUAUUCGCCACAUUCGGUAUUCCGAAAUAUAUAGUUACAGAUAAUGGCCCUCAAUUCAUAUCAAGCGAAUUUAGAAGCUACUGUCAGAGUAUCGGCACAACACACAUAAAAACAACACCAUAUCACCCUAGAACUAAUGGGUUAGCUGAACGUGCUGUCCGAACAUUCAAAGAACGUAUGCUUGCCUCGGAUAAGAAUAUUGACAUACAUGGACGCCUUAACAGAAUUCUUCAGGCAUACCGGAACACAACCCGACGUUCAACGAACAGAACCCCUUACGAAGCGAUGUUUGGAAGAACAAUGCGUACUACCUUCGAUUUAUUGAAACCUAACAUCCGAGACGAUCUAGAAAGAACGCGAUUAUAUAAGGAGUUGAGACCAACAAACAAAGAAGUUGUCCCACCAACAUAUAAACUUGGAGAUAAGGUUUGGGUAAAUAAGCCCUUGACAAAGGGAUCAGAUCCUGCAAUAAUAACGAAAUGUAACGGACCAUACUCUUACGAGGUGGAGUUUUCAAAUGGAAUUCGUAACCGUAAGCAUUCCGAUCAAUUACGUCCAAGAUUGAGCGGCAGUCAGGAUGAUGACCCUACAAGUGCUUACACCCACUACUAUAAACGUAUAGACACAGAGGAUCAAUUACAACAUGGUGAUUAUAGAAACCAGCUAUCACCGAUACCCUCUACGAGCGCGCAACAUCCUGAGGGUCCAAUAGUGUUUCAAGAUGAGGAUGCAACUUUUCCGUCGACAUCACGUGGCGCCACUGCCACUACCACAACACCGCAGCUGCAAGUGCCACGUCGUUCGCAACGCCAGCGGAAACUACCAGCACGAUUAGGUUUAUAG